CAUUCCACUUUGUUUCAUUAAUCAAUACCAAAAUGCCAACAUUUCCUUCAAAGCCAUAUAGGCCACAGACAACUGUGAUGAAUAGCUGGAAUGCCCGUGCUAAACGAAGUCCAGUCCUCUUCUUCGGUUUACCUUUCAUUCUUACAAUGGUCGGGGCAUCGUUUGGCCUGUCACAGCUAACGCAGACUCGUUAUGAUCAUCGAGACAUGCACCAUCGCAAGGUCGCCAAAGAGGAAGCGCUAGGUAUGGAGAAGAACCGAAGGCAGUUCAGUCUUCAGGAGGAAUACUGGCGUUUACAAGCUAAGAGCGAUGAAGACGAUGAUUGGGAGCAGGUUCGAGUAGAGCGACCUCCUGGCGUUGAACAAUGAACAUGCUAAACUUUUUAACAUAUACACAGCGCCAUAAUGUAAAAUAAUAAAAUGCCUAAAUAUUGUAUUGUUUCUUUUAUUACUUAAUCUCUUCUCUAACUUUUUCUGUGAUAUGGGGUAAUUUGGAAUUCUUAUUAUAU